AUGCAGAAACUUGGUUAUGGCAGCAAAGAAGAAAAGGACAAAGAAGAACUUUCUAAGCUUCUAAAAAUUCUUGACAAUGAAGUCAAAGACACGAAAUUCGUUGGAGGAGAUACAGUUGGAUUCGUUGAUUUUGUGUCCAUUCUCGUAACAUAUUGGCUAGGAGUUAUUCAAGAAGCAUUGAAAGUUGAAGUAUUCACAAAUGAUGAAUUUCCAAAUGUAUGUGCAUGUGCCGAAGAGUUACAAAGCUUCCCAGAGAAAAAUUACUUAGAGCUUAUAAAGUUGUUUUUGUAUUGGGCAAUUCAUAAAAUACAGCUGGAUGAAUGCCAUGAUGAUACGUGCAAUAGAUAUGAUUCAAAUACAAAUAAGCAUUCAGAGCCUCCGGUAGAAGUUUAA